GCCGUUAUUCACGGCUUGCAUCGUACUCGACGUCUUAGGCACUCACAAACUAAUGCGGUAUGCCGCGACCGAGUCCGUGACGUGUCCUUCAAGACGCGUGUGCUCGCCUGCUGUCUGCUUGAGUUCCGCUCGACCGUGCGCAUGCGUCUAUUCUAUCCUGAUAUAAGAUGGGUGUAGUGGUACAGCGUUUGGCCCUCAGGCCACGCAUCGUCUCCCUCUCACGCUAUGGCUACAUUCCCCUACAAAUUGUCUCGCUCCUUCACCCAGCGGUCACAGAGCAGCGAUGGGGAAGACCUGUCACGCGCGCCGCAAACCAUGAAGGGCUUUGACAAGUUCCGCGACGAGGUUCGGAAGCAUCUGCCCUUCGCCUCAGAUCUUUCUACUAUUGAAAGCAUCAUUGACGGCAUUACACACCUGAACUCGAUCGAUGAUCGGAAGUUGCUUCUGGAGCACACCCUGGUCUAUUUGUCGAACAACUCCGAACACCCUGCAGCGCAGAAGUUGCAGACCGGGCUCAUUAAACUGCUGUACGAAGAUCUUCCUCACCCACCGGAAACUAUCAUCGGCCCCACGUAUGCCUACCGCGAAGCCGAUGGCGGCAACAACAAUCCCUCCAUACCCGACUUGGGAAAAGCCGGUACCCCUUAUUCACGCAGCGUGCAACAGAUCCACCCACUUCCGCGCAACGAGCUUCCAGAUGCUGGACUCGUGUUUGAUACAUUGCUCAGGCGGGAGAAGUUCGUACCGCAUCCUGCCGGCCUGUCGAGCCUGAUGUUUGCGUUUGCUGCGCUCGUAAUUCACACUGUGUUCCGCACGUCUCACAAGGACGUCCACAUCAAUGAGACGUCUUCGUACGUCGACCUCGCGCCUCUGUACGGGAACGAUCAAAAGACUCAAGACAAGAUCCGCGUCCGGGACGGGCGCGGGCUUCUCCACCCUGACACUUUCGCCGAGGACCGUCUGCUAUUGUUGCCCCCCGCCGUCUGUGUGCUCCUAACGCUCUUCAACCGGAAUCACAACUAUAUCGCUAAGAAGCUCCUCGAGCUCAACGAGCGCGGGACGUACGUCGACCCAGACACGAUUUCUGCCGAUGAUCCCCAGCGCGCGGCGAAGCUCGUGGCCCAGGAGGAGGACAUCUUCCAGACGACGCGUCUGAUCAACUGCGCGUGGUUCGCAGGCAUAGUCAUGUCAGAUUACUUCUGUGCCAUCCUGGGCUUGGUGCGUCAGGGGAGCAGUUGGGCCUUCAACCCGUUCGAGGAGAUGCGCAAUGCCGAUCACUCGCUGUUUGAGCGCGGGCGGGGGAACGCUUGCAGUGUUGAGUUCAACUGCUUGUACCGGUGGCAUGCGACCACUUCUAAGGCUGACGAGGAAUGGGUCGCGAAGAUGGGCGAGCAGCUCUUCAAAGGGCGCUCCGUUGACUCGCUCUCCGUUCAGGACUUCCGCAAUCUUGCGAAGGAGGUGCAGGCUAUGGAGCCAGACGUGUCGCACUGGACUUUCGGGAACUUGCAGCGAGAUUCGACGUCGGGCCAGUUCAGCGACGAAGCGCUCGCAGGUGUGCUAAUCGCAGCUACCGAGGAACCCGCUGGAGCGUUCAAGGCUCGCGGCACUCCGCAUUGCAUGCGUCUUCAUGAGAUCAUGGGGAUUGAGCAGAACCGCCAAUGGGGCGUCUGCUCCCUGAAUGACUUCCGGAAGUUCCUCGGUCUGAAGACAUACUCGAGCUUCCUUGAGUGGAACCCGGACCCCGAGAUUGCGAGCGCUGCCGAGAAACUCUAUGGUCAUAUCGAUCGCCUCGAGCUGUACGUCGGUCUCCAGGCGGAGGAGGCAAAGCCCGUCGUCGAGGGCGCCGGCCUGUGCCCAUCAUACACGAUCUCCCGCGCGAUCCUGAGCGAUGCGAUUGCGCUGACCCGCGGAGACCGCUUCUACACCGCUGACUAUACCCCGUUCAACAUGACAGCGUGGGGCUUCGCGGACUGCCAGCGUGAUCCCUUAGCCCCCGGGUGCGGUAGCAUGCUCGGCCGGCUGCUCCUCCGCACGCUGCCCGAACAGUACGCGCCAGACAGCACCUAUGCGUGGUUCCCGCUGAUGACGCCUCCCGCGAUGGAGCGCAUCCUGACGAAGCUGGGCCAGGUUAAGUUGUAUAGCUUGGAGAAGCCGAGGAAGGUCGCGGAGCCGCCCGUUCUGGCCGGGUACGAGGACGCGAAGAACGUGCUUAAGGACGAGAAGGACUUCGGACCCGGCUUCGGGGAGAGAGUCCAGGCUAUCUUGAAGGGUGAUGGGUUCUUCAUCGCCUGCAACGACCCUGCGCAGGCUGCGCGCUACCAGCGCGAGUUGCUCGGUGCGCUCACUGGCGCCCCCGACGCAGAGUCCGGCAUCAAGACAUUCUUCUACGAAAAGACGCGGGAGCUCAUACAGCGCGAGUCCUGCCAGUCUGUGGGCACCUCCACGCACACCGUCGACCUCGUCAGGGAUGUGCUUAAGCUGGUCCCGAUCUACUGGGCUGCCGAAUUGGCCGGAGUUCGUCUGAAGACAAGUGCGGACAGCGAGGGCGACUACACGCCCUCCGAACUGUUCGACAUCCUCGCGGACACCUACAGCUACCUCUUCCUGGACGUCGAGCCCGCGAAGCUCCACAACCUGCGCAUCAACACUGCUCAGAACCUUGAAAAGUUGUCUACCAUCAUCCGCAGGCAACUGGGAGGCUCGCGCCUCUCGAUUAUGAACCUGUUUGGGAGCAUGUUCGGGAAGCCGAGCAAGAGCGAGCGGGCUUCGUUCACGGAACGUCUGCGCGCAUUGGGCUACGAUGCUGACACCCAGACGAACGCCACCCUUGCGCUAUUGGUCGGCGCGACUGUCGAGCUCUCACAAGCUGCGGUAAACGUCGUUAACUUCUACUUGGACCCGAGCAAGCCUUCAGAUGUUCAGACGUUGGUUUCUAAGUCGCCUUCAUUGGAUGCCAAGGAUGAGGCGACGUUGCAAGGUUUCGUGCUUGAGGCGCUUCGCCUUGACCCUACGUUCCGGGGCGUGUACCGCGAGGUUCUUCACGACGUCAAGGUCAGCCAGGGAACGCUCAAGGCCAAGACACGCGUCUUCGUGGACGUAUCAGCCGCCAAUAUCAGCAGCCACAUCUUCACAGAUCCCAAGGACGUCAACCCUGCGCGCGGCUUCCACAAGUACCUGGUGAUCGACGGUGCUGGGAAGUGUCUCGGUCUGGACCUGUCCUCGAAGAUGAUCGUGCAAAUGGUCCGUGCCGUGUACAGCUUUAAGGGUGCUUCUCGCGCACCUGGACGCUCUGGCACGCUCAAGCGGUACAAGGAGAGCUUCUCGAGGACGAGCUCGUGGUCGUACCUUGGCCCCGAUUCUCUCCUGCAGCCCUGGGCAACGUCGAUGCUCUUCCAGUACCAAUCGUGAAUGGGGCUGUUCCGACCUGACUGCGUACCUGUGUAGAGACCGGUUCUGUGCCAAUCCUCAUGCUUGGCCUGCAUUCUCAUCGGAACGUCUUCUUGCUACGGCUUCACGACUACUUCUCUCUCUCUGUCUACAUGUACCUUUCCAUGUACUUAUGGUGUAUCUCUACUCGACCAUCUUGAAUCGAGUCUGUUCCUAAAGC